AUGCAUAAUGAACCAUCAACACAAACUCUCCCACCGCCAUUACCAUUACCAUAUGAACAAGAAACGAAAUCAAAUGGUUUUCAUGAUUUUCCACAUCAUCAUCACCAUCUUCAUCAACAAUCCAUAGAUCCCAUUGAUUCUCAACAACAAUAUUCUAAUUUUAUUGAACAUAGUGCAUAUCAUCAUCCAACGUCUGAUGAACAAUUUUAUUCAGCAGCACGAAAUUCAUUUUCAUCGUAUCCAUAUCCAUAUCCGCUACCGUAUCCAUCAUUAGGAAUUGAUUCAGAAGAAAAAUGUCAUUAUGAUGAACGUGAUAUUCCACCGAAAUUAACUACUAAAGGUAAAAAAAUUCGUAAACCAAGAACUAUCUAUUCAAGUAUGCAAUUACAAGUACUUAAUAAACGUUUUCAACGUACACAAUAUCUUGCUCUACCCGAACGAGCUGAAUUAGCUGCUUCACUUGGACUGACACAAACACAAGUGAAAAUUUGGUUUCAAAAUAAACGAAGUAAACAAAAAAAGAUUGUCAAAAACGUUAGUCAUCAUUCGUCGUCUUCCCAAUCCCCCAACCCGAACCCAUCACACCAUUGUACACCUCGAAUAAUUCAUGUUAAGCAUAAUGAUUCUAUGUUUUUAGUAAAACAAGAACAACACAAACAUUCAACACCACCACUACCACCACCAAUAUCAUCAUCAUCGUCAUCAACAUCAAAGAUUUCACCUCCUAUUGAAUCAAACUCAUACAAUCCUGACGCCGUUUCGUCAUCAUCUCCGUAUGCACAUGUGGAAUAUACAAGAGCUAAUCCGUAUCAUUUUUGGUCUUUAUCGCCUUUUGUGACUAGUUAA